AGAUCCUUGGAGCUGUAUGAAGAUAUAGAUUAGAAAAAACCAAAAUUUACCUGGAAAUCUGGAAGUGUUUGUUUAACAGAAUUCCUUACAUAAAAUAUAUCUAUAUUGAAAUUUGAAAAGAUGUUUAGCUUUCUCAAAGAAAGGGGAAAAAUCAAUGAUAGCAAGUUGUAUUGAAAAUUUUAAUAUAAUCAAAGCAACACUCGAUUGUGAGAGUGGAAGCGCAAAAUGCAUUCUUCCGGGUUCAGAGCCAACGCGUUGCUAACCUUUGCCGUCACCAUCCUGGCGCUAUUGUGCGCCAUCGUCUCUUUCUCUGACAACCUCAACUCUCCCACUCCCAUAGCCCAAGUCCAGGUAUUGAAUAUCAAUUGGUUCCAGAAGAAACCUGACGGUGAUGAUGAGAUCAGUGUGACACUCAAUGUAUCCGCAGAUUUGCAGUCACUAUUUACCUGGAAUACGAAACAGGUUUUUGUAUUUUUGGCAGCUGAAUAUGAAACCCCAAAGAAUGCCCUGAAUCAGGUUUCUUUGUGGGACGGUAUAAUACCUGCUAAAGAGCAUGCAAAAUUUUGGAUCCACACAAAAAACAAGUACAGAUUCAUUGAUCAGGGAAGCAAUCUCCGUGGCAAAAGCUUCAACCUUACAUUGCAUUGGCAUGUUAUGCCAAAGACAGGCAGAAUGCUUGCUGACAAACUUGUUAUUCCUGGCUUCUUCUUGCCAGAGACAUAUAGAUGAGUCUGGUGUUUGGUCAUUUUUAAUGUAAUUUUUUGCACCAUCACUUGAUGGAAUGAAGACGGUUUCCAAGACAUUAGGCUGGAAAGAAAGGUUAAAGGAUGUGUAACAACAGAACUCCAUUGACAAUUUAAAUGUUACAUUUUGAUCUUGUUUGGUUUGGG